GAGAUUCUGAUAAGUAUCUAACUGGGCGUUUGGUGGAGUUUGAGAAGUAUCUAAAUUCCAAGCCACCAGAAACGGACACGUGUCUAAACAAGGAUAGAGUGUAGAACGAGAACCACUUAGCUUAAGCAAGACAGAGAGUCUGAUGAGAAAACUGCACAAGAAAAUCAGCAAGAGUAAUGAUAAUACACUGUCCUUCGUCAUCUCUCUAUCGCGCGAAAUUGUUAUACAACAGAGGUAGUAGUAAAUCUCAUCAGUGUCAGUGUCAGAGUCGCUUGGUGACUCGAUCUGCGGCUGUUCGUAUAUCCACGGCGACGAUCGGGGCUAUAGCCGCGGCGGUUAUGAUGGCUGCUGUGUCCGUAGCUUCAGCAGAGCUUCCACCGCCGCCGCAAGAUGGAGAAACGUUAUCUAACGUACCGCAAACGCUGUCAGGGGAAGACUGUAAGAAACAGAGGAUCCAACGACCAAAAUCCAAAAACGCAGAGAAAUGUACAGUCAAAUGCGUAAACACUUGCAUUCGCAGCGGAGACGGAGAAGGACCGAUCAAUAUCAGAAGGCCAUUAGUGGUAUUCAAGCAAGGAUUUCGUAGCCGUAAUUACUGCUUAGUGGAAUGCUCGGAUAUAUGCAAUUUGAUCGGAGAUGGUGACUAUGGUCCCUGAAACAUGAAAAGAAACAGAGGAGAAGGAAAAGGAACUGAUUCAGAAUAAUUUUGUAGAAUCUGUUUUUUUGGAAAGAAGAUUCAAACACGGUGAUAUUUGGUCUCAAUAUAAAGAAUACACAGGUUUCAGAGAAUUGCUUGGCAGAUUGAGGGAAUCCAAGUGACUGUGUCUUGUUUCUUCGUGACAUGCGGCAAAACACGUUGUUGGCUUACAGUUAUUUCUAAUUAUCUCGUUGAAAAAUCAAGGCCCAAUGGGUGGUAAUAUGGCCCAACGGAAAACUAAUGGGCCGUACGCAUUAUCGUAAACCAGCUUGUUCUGUUUCCUCAAAUUAAUAAAUCAGCGAAAUGUUGGAAAGUUUCAC